AUGGUCACUCAGCCAGUUAAGAUCCCCACCACCAACCCGGCCGUUGCCAGGGUUCUCCCCGUCGUCAUGACCGUCGGCAUUGUCUCUGCCAUCGCAAUGAACGUCCGCUCGCAACUCAAGACCCAUUCCGCAACCCAAGACCGCUUCUUCGCCCAGUACAAGAACCCCCAGAGCGAAGCCGUUCGCCAAAAGGUGUUCGAUGGCGCUGUGGAGGACCCCCGCAAGAGCUGGUUCAAUGUUCUGGGCUGGUGA